ACAAUGAUUACAUUGGGACUAAUAAAUGAAUAUUAUAGAUUCCAGGAGCAGCAGCCAUAAGUGGUUUUACAGGUUGUUUACUACUCAAACAUGAUUUUGUUCCACCUCGAUGAUCCAAUGAUUAAAUCCAUUAAUGGUUUUAUUGGUUUUAAGCAUGGCCAAAAAAAUGUGAAUUAAAGUUUAUUUUACUAUUUAGACUUACACAUGUAUUUUUAGAACUAUAAAAUCGUGCUCUAAAUUAACCUAACCUUUUAGAGUUAAUAUUCAACCGUGUCUCCUUAGUCCAUGGGAUUUCGGGAAAAGUGUUUGGACUCCCCGACAGGUGUACCGACUGCACGCCCACGCUACUGUGUCUCGCUUCUUUUCAUUAAUUUAAUGUUCAAUUUUAGUCAUUUCUAACCUUUUAUUGUCGGCGACCAUUACGACCAUCGUAAUUUUUUUAAGAGUACAACCACUUUACUCUGCAUCUCUGGCCUCUGCUCUACUAUUUUCUCAAGUAAUUCUAACAAAUGUUUUAAUGACAAAAAAGAACAGUAAUUAAAAAUGGAUAUUACAAUAAAAGAAAUCUCUGACAAUAAACAGCCAAUUAUUACUUCAACUAAAGAUAACUCUGAAGAAGUAUUCAAUAAUGACAAUGAGGAGCCGACUGUAUCCUGUACAAUAAUCAGUACAAAUUUUAGUGAAAAUGCUUUUGAUGCCAUUAUAAAUAAUAUUAAGGCAGAAAAUUCUUCACUUUUUAAUAAUGAAUAUAAUAGUGAUUCAGAAGAUUCUGACAGUAUAUCUUAUAAACCUAUUGACAUUCGAAAUGAAAAUCAACAACUUGUAAAAAAGGAUAAUAAAAAUGAUGUAAAUAUUACUGAAACAAAUUCACAGGUGCUUACAGAUACAGAACUAGUUGACAGUAAAAGUAAAAAUUCUGCUUCAACUGAUAUAAAGUAUUUAUUGUCUAAAUCAACACCACAUAUUUGCUUAAAAAGUUGUUUAUGGUGUAAGAAACCUUUUCGAAUUCUUGACACUCCUUUGCAUAUUAGUCGGAUUCGAAAUAUUAAUAAGCAAAAUGAAUUUUUAAAAAUUGAAUCAACGUUAACUAUUGAUUCAUGCCUUUGUGAUUUUUGUUGGAAAUUUUUGGAUAAAACUUACAAGUCCAAUAUGGCUGGAAAAAAAACAGACAAUUUUUCAUUUUUAGAAAAAAGGGUUAGACUUUUAGAACGAUUUCCAAAAAAAUAUACUAAAAAUAAGUCCCAGUCAAGGAGGUGUUCAAUGCAUUAUUGCUCUAAACCUCAUAUCCAUAAAGUGUCUGUGGAACAAUACAAAACAAUUUCACAAAUAUUAUCAACAUUUGAAUUUUACGAUUUUGUUUUUGUUUCUUCCCGGAAAACAACUCCAGAAGUAUUGAUGUAUCCCUAUUGUCUUUGCAGUGACGAUUUAGCCAUAAUUCUUGUAAUAUCACGAUGUCAAAUAUGUAAUGACGAUCUAAAAGAACCUUUCAACAUUGAUGACUGGUUAAUGUAUGACACAUGGAAUUUGAAAUUGGCUGACAAUAACAUUCCUUUAUUACUGCAACCAGGUAUGUUCCUAUGUGUGACUUGUAAAAAACACCUUUCUACAGAAAGUGGUGCUUUCCCGACUGUUGUCUUGCCAAAAUUAUUGGAUCAUAUCAAAAUAAUGAGAACACUGCGCUUAAAGGUUUAUGGACCACCAUUACAAAACUUAUUUAAUAUAUGUCAAGAACCAUCAUAUGUAGUAUCUCCCAUUGUUGUUCCUAAUAUGAUGAAACAAGAACCUAUUUAUUCAGAAACAAAAGUUAAGUUUUCUGAUCCUUUGGUAACUACAACUUAUCAUUAUGAACUUGACAAUGAUGAAAACAAUACAGAAUCAAUAGCAAACACUGAAUUAUGUAUACCAAAAUUAGAACCAAUAACAAGCACUGAAUCAUGUAUACCAAAAUUAGAACCAAUAACAAGCACUGAAUUAUGUACACCAAAACUAGAACCAAUAACAAGCACUGAGUUAUGUACACCAAAAUUAGAACCAAUAACAAGCACUGAAUCGUGUAUACCAAAAUUAGAACCAAUAGAUGAAGGUCUGAAUCCUGUAAAACUUGAAGAAGGAAAUGUUCAAACGUUUUUAGCUAAUACAGACCCUAAUAUUAGUGAUAUUAAAGUAACAAACUCAUUAAUUAAGAGUGUAAAAUCUGAAAACAUAUCUGAUCAAAAUUCUUCUGAAAAUAAUGCCUUUAAUUAUUUUACUGAUACUGAGACAAAUCAUGUUGUAACUGCUGAUAUAGAAAAUAAAGAUUUGUUAUUAUUGCAAGUCGAAAAUCAAUUGGUAUCAAACAAUGAAGAGAAUAAUCAAUGUCUAGAAAUUUCCAAUGUUUAUUCACUUCAAAACGAAUAUCCAGUUGAUAAUUUAAAUGGUGAAAAGAGGCCAGAGAUUAUUGAUAUAUGUUCUCACCAAGUUGGCAAUGGUCUCAGUGAAAUAGAAAAUAAUCAAAGUAAACUAAAUAUUGCUGAUAUUUAUUCUCAACGAGAAGCUGUUAUAAUAAGUAGUGUUACCCAAGAUAAAAAUAGCACAAAUCUUGAAGAAGCAUUAGAACCACCUAAAGCACUAGUUAACCCUGUUUCAUUAAAGAGAAAAUGUGAAAAUUCAAUUGAAAGUGUGAAAAAACAAAGACUGAAUGAAACAAACAGUUCCUAUGAUAUUAAAUCUACAGGCGAUGAUACCACCAGCAAUAAAAAUAUUACUCAUCCAAGUACAACUUCAUCGAAUAUUUUGAAUAUGAGUUCUGAUUGUAGAAAUGAACGCGUCCCAAAUGUUGAUAUUGGUGGUGAAGAUCAUCUCCCUAAAAAUGUGGAAAAAGAAUCACUAAAGCCACAUAGUAAUGUGCCAUCAAUUUAUUUAGAAAAAGCUUACAGUUUGGAUCCAAGUGAUGUGAGAAAUGAUACUGACAUGCUUCUGUAUCUAAUGGAAAACUUUCGAAUGUUGUACAAUGGAGAACUGGUUCUUUCUGAAACAGCCAGUCCUUUUGUCAAAGAAUAUUACGAAGAGCAAAUGGAACAUUUAUACAAUCAUUUUGGUGACCCUAAAGACAAUAUAAAUGCUUCAAAGCCAUAUAUAGAUUCAUCGUCACAUCUACAUCAGUACAGCAAACGAUCAACACCUACUGUUGAACCACUUACAAUCAAAGAAAUUACAACUACUUGUUCAUCAAUCCAUAAUACAGUUUCAAUUAUUUCACCAAAAUAUACUACAGCAGACCUAUGUGUAUCUAAAGUAGGAGAUAAAUGUGUGCCCAUCAAAACUGCAAAAUCAUUUCCUUUACAUAUCCCAGAAUCUAAAUCAAGAGAUUAUAUUAAACCAGUUAAUAUUGUAUCUAAAUUAUCAACAACGUCCACAACAUACACAAAACCGUUAUUAACUAAUGUAAACUCCUACUCGCCAUAUGUUAAAUCAAUAUUACCAUCUUCAGUUCUACAUCAAUCUGAAAUUAAAGUCCAAUUACCAUAUGCUAUUAAGGUAAGAAAACCCGAUAAAACUAAUAUUUAUUAUCGCCCCAAAUUUCUGGCGCCGCCUCCACCAGCAAUUCCAAUACCAACAACAGUAAGAUCAUCAAUGAUACAAAUAAUUUCUCCAGUUCUCUCGCAAAAAAACCUACUCAAAAUUAAAAAUGAUUAAUACAUCUUA